AUGGCUGAGCGAUACAUUCCCGAGCAUCGCCGCACCCAGUUCAAGGCGAAGAACACCUUCAAGCCUGAGGAACUCCGCCGCCGUCGCGAGGAGCAGCAAGUCGAGAUCCGAAAGGCCAAGCGUGAGGAGAACUUGGCCAAGCGACGAGGUAUCGGUACCGGUGAGAACCGACCUGGUGCUUCCCUUGGCGCUGCCCCUGAUAGCGACGAUGAGUCCGCUCCUACUGAAUCUCAGUUGAACGAGGAUCUUCCCCAGAUGGUGCAAGGCGUCUUCUCAGACCAGAUCGAUUCGCAGAUUCAGGCCACUACAAAGUUCCGAAAGCUCCUAUCCAAGGAGCGUAACCCCCCGAUCGAGGAGGUCAUCAAGACCGGUGUUGUUAGCCGCUUUGUCGAGUUCUUGCGAUCCCCUCACACCCUUGUCCAGUUCGAGGCUGCUUGGGCCCUGACCAACAUUGCUUCCGGUUCUGCCACCCAGACCCAGGUCGUCAUUGAGGCCGGCGCUGUCCCUAUUUUCGUCGAGCUUCUUGCCAGCCCCGAGCCCGAUGUUAGGGAACAAGCCGUCUGGGCUCUUGGUAACAUCGCUGGUGACAGCCCUCACUGCCGUGACUAUGUCCUCAGCUGUGGCGCUCUCAAGCCCCUCCUUAACCUUCUCGGCGACAGCCGCAAGCUUAGCAUGCUCCGCAACGCUACAUGGACUCUGAGCAACUUCUGCCGUGGCAAGACUCCUCAGCCUGAUUGGACUACUAUUGCCCCCGCUCUUCCCGUCCUGUCUAAGCUUGUCUACUCUCUUGAUGAUGAGGUUCUGAUUGAUGCUUGCUGGGCUAUCUCCUACCUUUCUGAUGGUUCCAACGAUAAGAUCCAGGCAGUGAUCGAGGCUGGUAUCCCCCGCCGACUGGUGGAGCUCCUCAUGCACGCUUCCACGUCAGUUCAGACCCCUGCUUUGCGAUCCGUCGGUAACAUCGUCACCGGCGACGAUGUCCAGACUCAAGUCAUCAUUAACUGUGGCGCCCUGCCCUGCCUUCUAUCUCUGCUCAGCUCCACCAAGGACGGCAUUCGCAAGGAGGCUUGCUGGACUAUCUCCAACAUCACCGCUGGCAACUCUUCUCAGAUCCAGGCUGUGAUCGAUGCCAACAUCGUCCCCCCUCUGAUCCACCUCCUGCAGAACGGUGACCUCAAGACUCGCAAGGAAGCCUGCUGGGCCAUUAGCAAUGCCACUUCCGGUGGUCUGCAGAAGCCUGAGCAAAUCCGUUACCUGGUUGCCCAAGGCUGCAUCAAGCCCCUUUGCGACCUACUCGGUUGCCCCGAUAAUAAGAUCAUCCAGGUUGCCCUGGAUGGCCUUGAGAACAUCCUCAAGAUUGGUGACCUUGACAAGCAGGCUGCUGGCGAGUCUGGCGACUCUAUCAACCGAUACGCUCUCUUCAUUGAGGAGUGUGGUGGCAUGGAGAAGAUCCACGACUGCCAGAACAACGCCAACGAGGAGAUCUACAUGAAGGCUUACAACAUCAUUGAGAAGUACUUCUCCGAUGAUGAGGAGAAUGCCGAUGAUGGUAUGGCUCAGCAACCCGCCGGCCCCAACGGUACAUUCGGCUUUGGCACCAACGGUGCUGCUCCUUCAGGAGGAUUCGACUUUGCCAAGGGUAACGACGCCAUGGACAUGUAA